AAUAGUGGAGAUAUAGUUAUAUAAUCAUAAUAAUUAUAGGUGCAUUAAUUGCUCUAAUUAUCUAAUGUGACUUUAGUUCUCUUAGGAAUUUUAUAUUAGUGAAAGGUUAGAAAUGGUUACAGAACGAAUCAAAGAAAGAGACGACGACACCUAUCCAUAACUCUUGACAUUUCCAGAACCAUCUGUAUCAGUGCAUAAUUGUAUGUGCCAUGAUAUGGUAUGGCAUUUGAAUCAUCAUAGACCCAAAACACCUUUAUCUUCUAUCUCUAUCUAUAAAAAUGCAACCUUUCCCUGCUUCCUCAAGGCACGAACACUGACUGGGUUGAGAUCUUUGGAGAUCAGUGUGCCUGUGAGAGGGGAGAGAGAGAGUGAGAGAGAUGGAGGGGAAAGAGGAGGAUGUGAGGCUUGGAGCAAACAAGUUCACGGAGCGGCAGCCGAUAGGGACAGCCGCGCAGAGCCAGGACAAGGACUACAAGGAGCCACCACCGGCUCCACUGUUUGAGCCAGGCGAGCUCAGCUCCUGGUCCUUCUACAGGGCUGGGAUCGCGGAGUUCAUGGCCACCUUCCUCUUCCUCUACAUCACCAUCCUCACCGUCAUGGGGGUGGUCAAGUCCAGCACCAAGUGCUCGACCGUGGGUAUCCAGGGUAUCGCCUGGGCCUUUGGCGGCAUGAUCUUUGCCCUGGUCUACUGCACCGCUGGGAUCUCAGGUGGUCAUAUCAACCCGGCGGUGACCUUCGGGUUGUUCCUGGCUAUCAACCCGGCGGUGACCUUCGGGUUGUUCUUGGCGAGGAAGCUUUCCCUCACCAGGGCUCUGUUCUACAUGGUGAUGCAGUGCCUGGGUGCCAUCUGCGGGGCUGGUGUGGUCAAGGGGUUCCAAAAGGGGCUCUAUGAGAACAACGGUGGUGGGGCAAACGUGGUGGCUCCUGGCUACACCAAGGGUGAUGGCUUGGGUGCUGAGAUCGUGGUCACCUUCAUCCUCGUCUACACUGUCUUCUCUGCCACUGAUGCCAAGAGGAGUGCUCGGGACUCUCAUGUGCCUAUCCUUGCUCCGCUGCCUAUUGGCUUUGCAGUGUUCCUGGUUCACCUGUCUACCAUCCCCAUCACUGGCACAGGUAUCAAUCCUGCCAGGAGUCUUGGAGCUGCAAUCAUCUACAACAAGGGCCAUGCUUGGGAUGACCAUUGGAUAUUCUGGGUUGGGCCAUUCAUUGGAGCUGCUCUUGCUGCCUUGUACCACCAGGUAGUCAUCAGGGCAAUCCCAUUCAAGAGCAGGUCAUGAGCUUCCUGAAAAGAUGCUGUGGUUUCUGUCAUGUCUCUCUGUCUCUGUCAAUGUGUUGCAGCACUGUGGUUGUCUUAAAUGUGUGAACUGGACAUUGCUUUAUUGUUGUUGCUGUACUCAGUGUAUUUCUGGCAGAUUCCUACUUCUGAAGCAUAUUCUUCUCUUAGAA